GUCCCUCCGUCAACCGGCCACGUGCACAAUCCACGAGAAACGUGACCCCGCAAGCUUAUCUUCUUCCAUCGUGGGUAAGACGUGACGCACCGCCCGUUUUCCUCUGUCCCGAACCCUUUUAUCAUAUAUUCAAAGGGCCGUUGCGAAGUGCGGGACCCUCUCUUUCCGCGGCGAUCGGGUUCCGAUCAUCGGCGAAUUUUUCCCGAUCUACUGUUGCCUUCGUGACGCGCUACUCGUGUGGGUCGUCUCCUCCACAGGAUGGGCGAUCCAUCCAGUAGCUUCCCCGUUUUAUCUCACGCUGACACGUUUCGUUUCAUCCACGUGGUGUUUGCUCGUCCGUCGUCAUCGUCCGGUGCUGUCCCAUCACGCGCAUUCCCCAACUGCUCACAUGUCUCAGAGGAUUAUCAUAUAAAAAGAAUACCGCGUCCUGCCCCCAAUCUCGCUUGUCCUACCCAUGUUAGCCGGUGCGGCCCAUUUUCUACCUUCUUAUUGAUUGGAAACAUGUGGUGAGGGCCACAAUGCUCCCUCCAAUUAUAGAUGGGUGGGUCGAGGGGAAAUGGUGGAGUGGCAGUCAAAGAAAUACUCGCUUUAAUUCCUUUCUUUUAAUUCUCUUUCCCUUCGCCCGUUCUUUCGUUCUACCUUCGUUCUCCUCUGCGUCACUCGAAUUCCUUUCCAUCAAGGGUUGAUUGCAUCCAGAGUCCCCGCCGUUUUUCAUCCCUCUGGUUUGGGAAUUUAGGAUUCUUGGGCCGGGACGUAGGGCUCCUUCUUGUAGUUAUUGGAGUUUGGUGGAAAUGUUGGGGAGUAGCGUGCAGUUGGGACGCGGGCAUGGGGAGGAUCGCGUCUGCUGCGUCGAUAAGGCCCGGUGGAGCCGCCACAGCCACCAACGGCACUACCAGCAGAGUCCAUGGAGGUCUUCAAGCACCUCCGCCGCCGGAACUUACCCCGCCCCUUCCUUUGCUUCUGGGAGCUCCGCAGAGGUUGUUGUGUCGGUCUCCGGCACCCGUGAGCAGGAGAACCGAGCAGGAACAGAGGAUGAUACUCCGAAGACCGGGAUCGCGUCCGUUUCAUCUUGGGGUCCGUCUGUUGCUCAUUCUUGUAACUUGAAACGAUUCUUGGAGUCCAUAACCCCGUCCGUCCCGGCGUUGUACCCUUCCAAGAUGGAUAAGAGGGGAUGCAGGGCUUCUGACCAGGAGUGCCGGCCGUACUUUGCCCUGGCGGAUCUGUGGGUCUCGUUCACGGAGUGGAGCGCGUAUGGUGCUGGCGUUCCGCUGGUUCUGAGCGGUGCGGGCAGCGUGAUCCAGUACUACGUGCCUUACUUGUCUGGAAUCCAGUUAUAUGGUGAAUCGAACAGGCCCUUUUCUGAUUCUAGGGGACACGGUGAGGAAAGUGAUGGUGACUGUUCCCAGGAUUCUAGUAGUGAAGGAUGUAGUGACUAUGAACACGAAAAGGGCCUUGGGUGUUCAACAGAAUGGAACUCAAAUCAUGUCGCUGGAACCUUGAAUCUGAGGAUGGAUAAAUUAUGUUUGAGAGAGAAACAUGGGCAUCAGCAAAAGGGAUCUUCAAGUGGUGAUGGAGAUUUUGGACAUUUUCGAGGUCACUUGCUCUUUGAGUUUCUUGAACAGGAUCCACCAUUCAUUCGUGAACCUUUAUCUGAUAAGAUUUCAGAUCUUGCACGGUGUUUCCCUGCAUUAAAGUCCCUUCGAAGUUGUGAUCUUUUGCCAUCCAGUUGGAUAUCUGUUGCAUGGUAUCCUAUAUAUCGAAUUCCUAAUGGCCCUACAUUGAAGGAUCUGGACGCUUGCUUUUUGACCUUUCAUUCUCUUUCCACACUGAUGAAAGAUGAUGGUGGUGCCUCUGGCCCUUCCAUUUCAAUUUUACAAGGGGUUAAUGGUGUUCCUAUGGUCUCUCUUCCUGUUUUCGGACUUGCAUCUUACAAGUGUCGGGGUUCCAUAUGGACUCCUAAUGGUGGCACGGAGAUGCAACUUGUGAAUUCCCUGAUGCAAGCUGCCGACGAUUGGGUACGACUCCAAAAUAUUAAUCACCCAGAUUACCGGUUCUUCACUUCGCAUGGCACAUUCAGGAGAUAGAACUACUAUCACCCUGGUUUAAUUUGUGCUCAAAUUGGAUCAUGGGCAAUAAGUCGGGAUGCACAUUAGCAGUGGCCUUCGAUCUACUGUGUUGUGGAGCAAGUAAUGACAAAAAAUAAAAAAGCAAGUGUGAAAGCACAAAAGCGGGGUAAUAGGAGGCAAAAUCCUGUAAGAAGAAAAAAAGGAUCAGGAGGAACCAAAAGAUGAUCAGACCGAGAAAAAAGGUAGCCCAUGAAGGAGAUAAUUUCUCAUCCAUAUAACCUGGUGGAUGAUGAUGGUGUAUGUUUUGGUGUGUUUUGUUGGAAUGGUUACCUGAAAGGACAUUUUAUUGUUCACAUGUCCAGAUUGGUCCGUAACAUAAGCUUACUUUCUGGGCAUGUCUGACAAUGAUACCUUCGCGAUGCCCACCAAAAUCAAAUUGUUGUGUUUUAGCAUAAUGAGCACUUCUAAUAGGUUGAUGACA